AUGGGAAAAUCGAGUAAAGCAAAGAAGAGGAAGAGAUCACCAUCAUCUGAUCGUCUCUCAGGACUGGAAAGAGUAAGUAGCGUCGUCAAGGACGGCGCAUCCCCCAGGUCCCAUACAGAGGUUACUCUAGACGAGAAUCCCUCUCUUCUAUUCCCGACCACAGAGGACGAUGUAGCUCCUCUUACCAAGCAGUUAUUCGGCUCAGACUUGGAGGGCGAACAAGCUCCACCUUGGAACGAGAUAGUGACACAGAGGUGGCGCGAUCUAACGCGCAAUGAUCUCUCGCCGGAUCAGCGCGAACUACUCUUACAAAAAUAUUCCCCUGUGGAGACGUUAGCCUUUCUCAAAGCCCCUACUCUUAACCAGGAAUGCAAGGUGGCCUUGAAGAACAGCUCUCUGAUUAAAAGAGAUCAGUACAACGCUAAGAAUCACGAACAGGUUGGCAUAGCCCUGUGCGCCCUCGGGGAAGCCAUCUCCGAUUUUCUUCGCCCAGGCAUAGAAGAAUCUCUAAGCCCCGAAGCUUGCCUGGCAGUUUCAAAAGUAAAUGAGGAAGAGCACAGAUCAUACUGGCUUCAAAACGCCAAAAAUACAGCCGAGGUAAUUCCAGUAGAUGAUCUCCUAUUUGGAUCAGACUUUGGAGAACAAAUGAAAAAAGUGGCUGCCAUGGAAAAAUCAUCAAAGGAGAUUAUUAAGACUCCGUUAUCUAUUUCGAGAAGAAUUCAGCAACCAGUUAAACAACCGUUGCAGAUGUCAGCAUCGAGAUCGGGAAACAACCGUGCCCCUGUAAGAAACUCGAGAUCGGCGAGAAGGACAGCAGUCGCCGGUCAGCACACCGGUCCAGGUCUCACUCGAGAAGACGCUAAAGGAGGUAGAGAAGCAGUUGGAGGCUACAGGCUACCCUUUAAACAACAUCCGCCUUCUCAGGUUUGCGAACCUCAGUACCGUCUAUCAAGAGGGGAUGAGCAGAUCUGCUCCCAGGAGAUUUCUAAUCUCCUUAAGAAGGAAGCGAUCGAGAAAGUUUCAGAACAUAAAGAUCAAUUCCUGUCUCCCUUCUUUGUUAUCGAAAAAUCAUCAGGGGGAUGGAGAUUCAUCCUUAACCUCAAAAGCCUUAAUGAAUUCAUCAUCACCCCACACUUUAAGCUUGAAGACUGGAAAUCAGUCGUACGCCUCAUUUCGCCAAACGAUUUCCUGCUAUCCAUUGACUUAGAGGAUGCGUACCUUCUUGUACCUAUCCAUUCGGAAGAUAGAAAAUUCUUAAGAUUCCGUUUCCAAAAUCAGCUCUUCCAAUUUAGAGUACUACCGUUUAGACUAGCAUCGGCUCCUUUUAUCUUCACAAAGAAAUUAAAACCAGUCAUAUCUUCCCUGAGAGAAAGAGGUUUUCUUUCCAUAGUAUAUUUAGAUGACUUUAUUCUCAUUGCACCCACAUACAGUCAAUGUACAGAGAAUGUUAGGGUGACAAUGGAACUCUUAGUAUCCUUAGGUUUCAUUAUUAAUUUUAAAAAGAGCGUGCUCACCCCGGCAAAAUCCUGUCGGUUUUUAGGUUUUAUUUUUGAUACAGGGGACUUUUCAGUUUCAAUUCCUCCUGACAGGAGAGAUAAUCUUCGUCGAAAAUCUCAAGACAUGCUGAAGAGGACCCACUGCAAGAUCCGAUUCCUGGCAAGUUUUAUAGGCUCGCUAGUAGCGGUGUGCCCGGCCGUCCAGUAUGGGCUAUUACACACCAAACGAUUGGAAAGAGAAAAAUUCUUAGCCCUAGAAGCCUCAAGCGGCGAUUUUGAAGCAGAAAUAUCUCUCCCAAAUUUUCUGAAGACGGAUCUCCUUUGGUGGGUCGAGAUCUUUACAGAUAAGCUCCAAAGAAAUUAUAUCAGGUCAGGACAAUUUAGCAUGGAAAUUUUUACCGAUGCCUCUCUAACGGGAUGGGGUGCGGUAUGUAGCGGAACACGAACUCACGGCUUUUGGUCGCCUAGUGAGAAACAAUAUCACAUCAAUUACCUUGAACUUCUAGCAGUAUUUCAUGCAUUGAGAUGCUUCGCUUCUCAUAUCGAAGAAUCCGAGAUCCUUUUGAGAGUGGAUAAUUCCACCGCUAUUUCAUAUAUUAACCAUAUGGAAUCGGUCAAAUUUCCUACCUUGUCUGAUCUAGCUCGUGAGAUUUGGUGUUGGUGCUCCCGAAGAAAUAUAUUUAUUUACGCUUCGUAUAUUCCUUCUGCUCAAAAUUUCGAGGCGCAUGCAGAAUCACGCAUAGUGUCAGAGGAAACUGAGUGGUCCCUCGGAAAGCAAUAUUUCGACGAGAUUGAAGCAGCUCUAGGCCCUUUCGAUAUAGAUUUGUUCGCUUCAUCAAUUAACAAUAAAUGCCGUGAUUUUAUAUCUUGGCAUCCAGAUCCAUUAGCACAAGCAGUUGACGCAUUUUCAAUGAGUUGGAAUCAAUUGUAUUUUUACGCCUUCCCUCCUUUUAUCUUAACUCUAAAGACCGUACGGAAGAUUAUUACUGAUAGGGCGGAAGGCGUGGUUGUGGUACCCUGGUGGCCAGCUCAACCGUGGUUCCCACUUUUCAAUCAAUUAGUCGAAGAUCCAUCCAGCCUGGAGGAAAAUUUCCCUGGCGGCCGCAAGAUUAUCCGGCAAGCUUUCCGGCUCAAAGGAACGCCGCCGGCAGCGUUAGAAACUACUCUCGCAUCAAUAUCCGAGGCCACAGUGGCACAAUACACCAAACCAAUUAGAGAGUGGCAUUUUGUAGGCAGAAGCAAAUCGGCUGUUUCACAACGCCGGUUUCCUUAUUUCUGGAAUUUUUAUCUUCCACCUUAUCUGGAAUAG